UGUGUGCGUGUAUGUGAUAUCAGAUGCCAAUCGCUCGCCGACUUUAUCAGGUCCGCGGUGGCCCUACGGUAAGCGGCUACCGCUGAGUCGGCGACGUGGUUAUCAAUAGCUACUGUUAUCAUUCACGAUAUUGACCUACAUACCUUUACUAAUAUUAUUAUUAUUAUUAUAAUUCGUUACUCCGUUUUUAUCACCGCCGACUGCCGAGCACGGAUUGACGGACGGAUGGACUGCAGCCGCAGAUCGCAGGACGAGCACGGAGCGAUCUAUCUCGCGGUUCGGAGCGUAAAAUUCAAAAAGAAACUCUCGUGACGGUCACGACCAAACACAAUGAUCUUGUACGUCGUUGCGGCUGUGGUAACAAUGACAUUGAUGUUUGUUUAUUUGCUAUACGAGCAGCCGACAAGGACGAUGACGGCGACGACGACGAGUCGUACAAACAAACCGGUCAACAUAAGUCACGUUAUGCACAAAAUACCUAAAGACGGGAUCUUUACCAAGGUUAGACAACGGCUAUCGGUCGCCAUCUGGGCUACACCGAUCUUUGUUGCACAGACCUGUACCAGGGCUACUUCCGUUGCAGACAAGACCGGCAACGAAUCGACCUCCACCCAGACUGUACCGGAUAUUACUACAGGAACCAGUACACCAAGAGUCACAAAGAUCAGCACUUCGACCACCACCAGAACUACACCGGUUACCUCCUGGACUUUCACAAACAUCUUCUCUACCGUUACAACCAUCAACACAGUGAGUAUGCCUAAACCGUUUAAUCGCCGUAUCAAUGAAUAUUGGGUUGAUAACGAAUCGCGAGAACGUGGGCAGCACAGAUUCUAUUUAUCAUGUUUAGAUAACUAUAUGCGAAUGGAUGAAAACGAUUACCGCCGUCGAUACGGCCUCCGUGUCGUACAAGGGCGACCUUGGUUACUUCAACGCAUGGAUCGAGGUCCGGUGACGUUAUACGAAAGAGGGGAGGAAGAGUUUUUAUUUACCGUUAUAUUGGUUCAGUCUGAUCUCGAUAAUUCCACCGAAGAACUUAGGUUUUUGCGCAGCAAUCCGCUUAAUCUAAACCGUAGCCCAAAAUUCAACUUUCAUGCCGACAGCACUGUAGCAAGGUUGUACGAACGCAUCUUCUAUAUGGAACGUUUGAUAAUCGACGACCCAAUGUCUGUAGACGCGAUAAAACGGUUGCGAGACACGCUGUCCUCGCAGGAUUCUUACAAUUGGAUUUUAUUGCUUGUGAUAAUUGCCACGAUGCACCCGUAUCCGAACGAUCCAUUCGUUAUUCGGUCGAGCCCGGGCAAGCUGUCGAUCAAACGUGCCGCGCGCAUGUUGGUGGGUCCCCGUGGUAUAGUACAUGGUUGGGCCGGUAACAUUCCGAACAUAAUUAACGCAUUACAACAACACGGUGACAUUUCAUCGUUCUUGUGGUCACACGAAUGUACUAUUGACUCUGAAACGGAUGGAAGCAGUUCGUACGACUCGGAUUCCGUCGGUUACGAGAGUGACAGUUGGAAAAGUGGACCGCGAGGUGUGGCUCAAGGGCGUCCGCCGGUUACUGGUAUGUCGUCGUUGAGCGACACAUCCAGCGGUGCGAACAGUGAUGAAGAACUCGUACGUAGUAUGAGCAUGAUGGGGAACCCCGAUAACGCUGAUUUUAGACUUAAGAGAUUUAAGGGCUACAUGAAACGGUCGGCCACCGAACGACGUGAACGUCGAGCCAUGAGGCGGGCAAGACGCGAUAUGCGUAAAAACUAUAACUGGGAGCGCCGUCUAAAAGACUCUGCUUACGACAUGGAGGCUAGGCGUGCCGAGAUACUGGCUGCCGAAGGUUUGCGCAACGAGAGCCGUUCUCAAGAACUUUUAAAUGCUGAACGGAAAACGGAACGCGUAUUACACUGGUGCCGGUCCCAACAAGCCGUAUUAGCUGGUAUAGAUGGCGAGUUGGCACCCAGUGAGCAAACAAUGGACUGCCGACUGAAAGAAUUGAGACAAUCACUUUGUGAUCAGGUCUCUCAGACUUGGAAGCAAUUUUAUGGAGACCAAACAACCGCUAAAAUGACACCCGAAGAAAUCGAUGAAAUGGUAUUCUAUUGCUGGGUAACGCCAAUCCGGUGGAUUCGACAAACUGGCCCCAAUUGUGGAUUGGCAGUUCUUGCUAUGGCUGCACGUCCAAUAAUAACUUGUGAGGCUACGAUGGGUGAUGUUCAUGAGGGUGGUAAUAACUAUAAUGAAGACAGCGAUCUAAAUGAGGUGGUGGAAAAAGCCAAUAUUGAGUUGUCGGAAAAAGAGCUGCGAGAUGCUGAAUCCUCUACAUCUAAAAGCAAUACCACUAAUCCGUCAGAAAUUUUUGUACCAAAUAUAGCAGACUUUCAAAGGGAAGCUAUAAGAUGUGGGUACUCGGGUCGUGGUGAAAUGUUUAGUGCCCAGGCUAUGGUCAAUUUGGCUAGGAUGCAUAAGGCCGGACGAUAUAAUGUAACGUUGGUAAAGAAUGAUUUAUUGGAUAUGACAGAAGAAUCUAAUGAAGAGGACGAUACUGAACCUGAAUUAAUAAGAUUGAUGGCUGAAGGAUAUGAAGACGAAUGUAUUUGGUCACCUGACUUUUACAAGGAUUUUGAAACUAACGAGUUUAAACAAAACAUCAAUACACAUAAUAUGAGGAUGUCUAAUAGCGGAAAUUUAAAUUCCUCGUCAUCUGCACUAACUGUGGUCGAGCGUCUGAUGCGUGGUCACCUUAUCGCUGUUUGUUUUGAUUGCGAUAGGAAUAUGAUGCCGUCUACAACCAACGGUGGGAGCACCGCUCAUUGGGCACUUUUAUGCGGUGUUAUCAUUGGAAAGUCCCAUAAAAAACAAAAAAAGAAAAUUCAGCAAUACGACUGUGAGGCUUCUAAUUCGUUAAGAUAUGAAUAUGAAUAUGCAUAUAAUUCGAGUGCGGCCGAUCAUAUCUCAACUUGUUUCAAUGAUAAAAAUAUAUUCGACAUUAAAAAUUAUUAUGGUAGAGAAAUUGCCAGAUCCAGUCGAAAGUUUAUGCGUGACGUAUAUGUUAAUGGUGCGGGUAUAGCGGGAGAAGAUUAUUAUGGCGAAAAUCAAAAUAUCAACGAGGAAACUAGUUCUUUUGAUAUAUCUGAUCUGGAUUUGAAACGGGAUGCUGACCGUGUGUGGGUGGUAGCACGACAUGGAAAAGUAGGUGAUCGGUAUUCUGUGUGGUCACUCAAAGAGCUUGCUAAAAGCAACUGCCAGUUACGUACACCUGCGAAUAACAUUUUGCGUACCAUCCCGUACGAAAUAAAAAUGUUAUGGAACAACGAACAACACCCCAUCGAUUACACUCCUGCCGAAUCGAAAUCUAUUUUUACUGCUCAUAAUAGUAGUACUAACUAUUGUGAUUUGGAUUCAACCGAGACUGACAUGUUUCAACAACCAGAGAGCACUAAUGUCGAGUUACCGGACAAAAAUAAAAAAAAAUCGGUUUUAGAACAGAUACAAACGGAAAAACUAUCACUACCACAAUCGACUAUACAAACACCACCAGAAAUACAACUAUCACCAUCACCAGAACUUUCAUCACUAUCUCAUCCUCCACCACCACCACCACCACCACCACCACCAUCAUCACCAUCCACAUUAGUAGUUAUGGGCAUAAGAUCCCUGGAUGAUGACGACGAUGAACCACCGUUCGUAUUACCGGAAGGACCUAAACUCAACAUUUGUUUGGCCCAUCAGUUCAUUUCAUUUGAACCUAUCCGAACACCAAACAUAAUAACUGACAAGAAUGAUCAAAAAACACUAAACCCAUUGUCUACGUUUGUGUGUCACUUUUCAUUUAAAAUGAACCAGAACUUAAAAAAAUUGAAAAAAAUCAAAAAAACUUUAAGUUAUUUACCAAGACGACACCAUCGUCGGCGAUCGGAUUCAUCUUCAGAAAGUAGUACAUCUUUGGAUCGGCAAUCGACACGAUCACACCUACGUCGGCGUCGUCAUCGACUAGAGCGCAGCUCAAAUAUAGAAGAAAUGCAAUGGUCCCCAAAAGAGUAUGCUGUUCAGUCAAAACCAGUAAAACAAAUACCUUGUCCACAAAUAAAUAAUAAAUGGUUAACGGAACAAAACCAACAGCAGCCACAAAAUGCGGUUCAUUCUGAACAAAUUGAAUAUGUAACCGAACCCGUAGAUCCUAAAUUAUUCCAGCCGUUAAAUAUCCCUACAAUGUCUAGAGUUUCAAAUCCUGUGUGUUUGGUGACGCGGAGACAGGCGUUCCGUCGAACCAAAGAAACCAAAGAAAACACUAGAGCAAAUCUUUGAUGUGGCGAUAAUAUGAUAACACCUAUCCCCUAUGAUCUACUCACAACUCUUACUCUUAACGUCACUAAUUCUCACUUCAUAUUCUAUAUAUGUAGUAUCAACGAAACCAAUCCCAAUGACUUGAGUAUUCCUCGUCUAAAUUUUCUUGGUGCAUUUGCUUACAACUUAUUUGAUGACCUGCUUACCAACACAAAUUUGCCAUAUCAUUUGCGAUUUCGAUGUUCAUAGUAACUCCGAUGGAAUAAUUAUGAAAAACGACCUUUAGUAAGUAACAUAAUAUAGUUCAUGAUUAUUAUUUAUAAUUUGUAUG